UGCUGCUGCCGGUGGUGGUGAGCGGAGAGGCCAUGUCUGGGGCGGUGACGGUGGACACGGCAAGGCCGAUGGAGCACAACGGCAUUGUCGUCGAGUUGGUGGGUGACAUGGCCCUGUUCUACGACCGUGAUUCGAGGUCGCAGUUUGUCCACGAGGCGUACGCGUUGGCUGAUCCGGGGGAGCUGGCUGCGGGCGUGGCGCUGUUCCCGUUUGAUUUCGGCGUCCCGCACUGCCCGCUCGAGUCGUACGCAGGCGCCAACGUGCGGGUCCGGUACGUGAUCCGUGUCACGAUUGUGCGGUCGCUUAUGCAGUCUGUCGUCCACGAGCAGGAGCUCUGGGUUCACGUCUACAACAAGCCGCCGGCCAUCAACAACUCGAUCAAGAUGGAGGUCGGCAUCGAGGAGUCACUGCACAUUGAGUUUGAGUACUCCUCGUCCAAGUAUCAUCUGCGCGACGUCAUUGUUGGCAAGGUCUUCUUUCUCCUGGUCCGCGUGCCCAUCAAGUUCAUGGAGCUGGCCCUGACCCGGUCCGAGUCUACCGGCCUGCCGCAGGCUCAAGCGUACACCGACACACAAACGCUGGCCAAGUUUGAAAUCAUGGACGGCGCACCCGUCCAUGGCGAGAGCGUUCCAGUCCGCUUCUUCCUCGGUGGCUUUCCGCUCACGCCGACCUACCACGAGGGCAUCAAGAUCUUCUCGGUCCGGUACUACCUCAACCUCGUUCUCGUCGAUGCCACCGAUCGCCGCUACUACAAGCAGCAGGAGAUUGUGCUCUGGCGGCGCGAUCCGCGCAGAAUCACCCGGACCCGGACUCGCCGCACCCGCGUCCGCCUCCGUCCUGGCUCGCCCCCCUCCUCCCCGCCGCCGCCGUCUGAAUCGGCGUCGAGCGGCAGGGCAUAA